AUGUCGAACCAACAUGCAGCUGGCGACAAUGUAUUGUACAUGGACGAGCAAACCCUUCGCCGAACCUCGAUGGCAACGGUCGAGAAGUUUAGUCCAUUGAAGAAGCAAAAAAAUUUCGUUUUUUGGUAAGGAUUUCUAGUUUCAAGAAAUUUAAAAUUAAAAAAAAAUAAUUUGUAAAAUUUUUCGAAAAUUUUUUUAGAUAACAAUUUUUUUUCAAUUUUUUAAAAUUUUAUUUUAAAAAAUAUCACAAAUAUUCGGCGUGCACCGUGCAGAAAUUAAUUUAUUGACUGCACUGUGCAACGCUUUCUUUUGUUAGACUGCACUGUGCAAUCCGUUCUUUUAUUGAACUGCACAGUGCGACGAUUUCUUUUGUCAUUUCACCGUGCAACGCUUUCUUUUGUUAAACUGCACUGUGCAAGGCUUUCUUUUAUUGAACUGCACAGUGCGACGAUUUCUUUUGUGAUUGCACCGUGCAACACUUUCUUUUGUUAGAGUGCACUGUGCAACCCUUUCUUUUAUUGAACUGCACAGUGCAACGCUUCUUUUCUUUCACUGCACUGUGCAAGGUUUUCUUUUAUUGAACUACACAGUGCAACGUAAUUUAGUUUGUCACUGCACCGUGCAAUGACUAAACAUGACAUUUCAGGAAUAAAACAAGACUGAUAAUAUUGGGAAUAGUGACGAUUGCUCUCACAAUAUGCGUUUCAAAUGCUAUGAUCUUCAACUUUACUGUGAUUUGCUUGAAUAAAGAUCAUAUUGCCACUUUUAAUGGUACUACGGUUACUGGUACGUUUUAAUUUUGCUUUGUAAAGAAAGUUCUUGCAAUUUUUUGUUUUGUAAAGAAAGUUCUUGCAGAAUCUAAGCCAAUGUUCUCCGAAACAGAACGAAGUUGGUUAUUAUCCAUGAUAGCAGUUGGUACCAUUUUUGGAACACUUCCAAUAACUUAUUUGGUUUCUUUGUUAGGAAUACGGUAUGUUACUGUAAAUUCAAAAUUUUUUAAAAUUUGACAUUAUAACACCAUUUUUAGUACUAUAAUACUUAAUUUUCAGCAAUAUGUUCACUCUGUAUGGCCUAAUAUCAGCUUUAUCGGUGUUCAUCUUCCCCUUAGCGGCCGAGUUCGGGUACUAUCCAGUCCUACUAGUACGAAUGGUACAAGGUGUAGCCAUAACCGCGUCCUGGUCUGUAUUCGGCGCAGUCAUAGCGGAAUGGGCCGAGCUGAACCGAAGUGGUACCGCAGUGGCCUAUUUGUCAUGUCAUUUGCAGCUCGCGCCCAUGUUCACAAUGCCGGUCUCGGCCGCACUCUGCGAGACGAGCUGGGGCUGGAGUUGGGCUUAUUAUCUUCAUGGAUUUGUCACAUUGGCAGUGUUUGUGUUGUUUUAUUGGAUGUACAGAGAUUCUCCGGCUAUGCAUCCGUGAGUUUUAAUGUUAUGGGAAUGGGGGACAAGUUAUACGAUGAAAAGUGUUAAUUUAUGUUAUGUUUGAUUUGUAUAACUUGUCAUUAUGACAUAGUUUAAAUAUUAAAUUUUUAGAUGGGAGUUAAAAAUAACAUUUUAAAGGCUUUUGUAACAAAUUUUUUAUAGGGUGACACGUUAUACGAUGAAACAUAUUAAACAUGUUUGAUCGUAUAACUUGCCAUCGUGACAAAUUUAAAAUGCUAAAUUUUUUAAGGACUGUUGAAAAUGGUAUAUUAAAGCCAUUUCGGACAAGUUUUUCAAGUUUUAGUUAUAGCGUGACAUGUUUACGAUGAAACAGUUUCGAUAAGACAUGUUUGACCGUAUAACAUGUAGCUUGUCGUUUUUUAAAAUAAAAAAUUAGUAAAAUUGAUUCAGAAACGUAUCUGAACAAGAAUUGAAAGUGAUUCAAGAAGGUAAAAUUAUCCGAAUCAACGAUGGCGUUGAGUUGGAGCCUGUACCAUACAAGGCCAUCUUCACUGACAAAUGCGUGCUUGGUAUCUUGGGAACUGCCUUGAGUAACAUCAUCGCUUUUCGAUUAUUCUUUCAAUAUGGACCUAUCUAUCUUAAUGAGGCAGGUUUUUUGUUUUCGAAUUUAAAAUUGUUGUUAAAGGUGACAAGUUAUACGGUGGAAAGGUUUUCAUUUUUCAUCGUAUAAGUUGUCGCUUUUAGCAUAAAAUUAAAAAAAAAUGUUUUAGUAUCACAAACAAGUGCAUUUUAUAUCAGUUUUUUUGAAAAUGAAUUUUAAUCUUUUCAAAAGUGUUUUAUCGUAUAACUUGUUACCUUUAGUAUACCAACUAAAGAUAACGUUUUUGUAUGACAAAGAAAGGUAUUCUAGAUCAAUUUUUUUUAAAAAUGAAGUUUAAUUUUGGUAUUAGUGACAAGUUAUACGAUGAAACAUGUUUAUUAAUACAACAUGUUUUAUCGUAUAACUUGUCACCUUUAGUACAAAAGCUAAAAAUAAUGUUUUUGUAUGACAAGGAAGAGCAUCUUAAACCUAUUUUUUAAAAAUAAUAUUUCAAUUCUGACAAAAAUAUAAAAAAAAGUGACAAGUUAUACGAUAAAACAUCUCCAACGCGUAACAUGCCAUUUCAAUUACUACUAGUGUAAAAUAAUCGUAUUGUGUAUAGCAAAUACAUAUCUAUACGAAAACCCCGUAUUUUACCAUAAUAUCUAUAUUCAAAGUGACAAAACUGCUUUCAGAUUCUUCACUUUGACGUCGAAGGCACGGGCUUCGCCGCCGCACUGCCAUUCUUUUUAUCAAUGCUGGGCAAAUUCAUUGGUGGACCAAUCAGUGACACCCUGCCCGGACUCACUGAUAAGCAAAGAGUGAUAGCGUUUGCUUCAUUUUCGCAAUUUUUAUUGGCCGCCGCCUAUUUCGGGCUAGCUUUUAUGCCUGAAGGUGCGGUUGGACUGGGCCAGUUUUGCUAUUCGGCUGUGAUUGCGCUAAGUGGACUGGAUACUGUCAGUGUGCUUAAGAGCUGUCAGUUGGUGAGUGUUUUUAAGUUGUUUGUUAAAUUUGAAAAAAAUUUAAGUUGUAAAGAAAGUUCUUGCCAUUUUUUGUUUUCUAAAGAAAGUUCUUGCCAUUUUUUGAUCUGUAAAAAACGUUCUUGCCAUGUUUUGAUUUGUAAAGAAAGUUUUUGCCAUUAUUUGUUUUGUAAAGAAAGUUCUUGCCAUUUCUUGAUUUGUAAAGAAAGUUUUUGCCAUUUUAUGCUUUGUAAAGAAAGUUCUUGCUAUUUUCUGUUUUGUAAAGAAAGUUUUUGCCAUUUUUUGUUCUGUAUAGAAAGUUCUUUCAAAGUCGAGUUUCUUUUAGAUUUCUGGUCGAUUUGUGCACGUCCUGAUGUCAGUCAACUCCCUGAACGAAAGUUUGACCUUAUUUGGAUUGGCAGCGGCUGUAUCCAUCUUUGUACCCAACAAUACCAGCGGUGAGGUAAGUUUUUAUCAACUGAUAUCAACUAUAUUAACCACUACUUCCAGUGGUCCAAAGUCUUCAUCUUCAUGGGAGUCAUGAUGACCGUCUUCACCAUCAUCUUCAACUUCACCACUGAAGUCACGGCACGGCCAUGGGCCAGAGAAACGGCCAAGGUGGCGCCGGAAGCUCAGUUUGACAUCCGAGCGGAACAGUUGGCUCAUCCGCAUCAAGUCGAAAAGAUGAUCCAUGACCGUCGUAUGUCGAUUCAAAGUCAUCAAAGUAAUUUGCCUGUGGGCAGCCGAAGGCCGUCUAUCUUGUCAUUGACCAGAAUUCGGUGA